AAGCGUAUAAAUUAGAUUCUCCGGUAUUGGAGCGUAUGAUUUUACGAUAGCAGCUUCAGAGUACACUUUCCUAGUCCAUAAUGAUUUUUGUAAAGAUUUUAUUUUGUCUGCUCUAUUGCAGCUUAAGUUUUAAAACAACAAGAGGUCAAAGCAACACAGCAAAAAAUACUCCCGAUACUUCGACAUCAAGCAAGUGCCACAACGUUCACUUCAACAAUUAUUAUGCUGGACCAGCAAAUAAGGACAUCAAGGCACAUCUUCUCAAAAUAGAGAAUCAACUGGCCGAAUUAGAGAAGAAAAUCGACGCUUUGACGGGAAACAAAACAACUCUGCCAGCUAUGAAAAACUGUGCUGAGCUGUAUAAAUCCGGCCAAAGAAUCACAGGAGUUUACACAAUCGACCCCGAUGGUUUAGGUGCGUUUGAGGUGUUUUGCGACCAAAAAUCUUCUAGUGGGGGCUGGACAGUGUUCCAGAAGAGACUCGAUGGCUCCGUUGAUUUCGUCAAUCGCGCCUGGGCGGAUUACAAACGUGGAUUCGGAAACUUAAAUGGUGAGUUUUGGCUCGGACUGGACAAGAUACACCGCCUGACCAAAACAAAGAGUAGACUGCGAGUGGAACUUGAAGACACACAAGGAAAGACAGCUUACGCUGAAUAUGACAUGUUUUCUGUUUCCAGCGAAAGAAGCAAAUACAGACUUGGCCUUGGGAGGUAUACAGGAACUGCUGGUGAUUCCUUGAGCUAUCAUCGAAAUAUGGCAUUCUCCACCAAAGAUCGCGACAAUGAUGAUUAUUCGAUUAACUGUGCCGCAAAAUAUAGUAGUGCUUGGUGGUACAAAGGCUGUGUCGAUGCCAACUUAAACGGCUACUAUUACCACGGUCAGCAUACUUCGGCCCCUUGGCGUGGUAUCAACUGGGAGAAAUGGAAGGGUGGUAGUUACUCUGCUAAGAGAGCUGAAAUGAAGAUCAGGCCCGUGGACUUUUAAGCUAGAAAUUAAAGAUACUCAAAUAAGAAAUACACUAUAUUAGCUAUAGUUUAUAAACUUCUCUACAUGUUUGAGUGACCCAGAAUGAAAAGUAAUGUAAUGUGCUUUAAUAUUUGAAUGAGUUUGACACAA